AUGAAGAAAUAUGUUUGGAUUCAAUUUAUAUUAGUUGUUUCCUUUAUUGCCAGUCAAGGAUAAAUUUGUAAAGUAUAAUGAUAUCUAAAUUAGCUAAAAUAAAAUUUUCAAAAUCUUUUACAAAUAGAGAUGUCAGGAACCUAUUACUUAUUCCUUGAAGACUACUUUGUGGGUGACGGGCUAAUGUAUAGUUUAAAUGAUAAUGAUUAAUACUUUUAAGUCAAUCCCCCCUUAAUUUAAGGGACUAUUUAUGGAGAACCCAUAAGUUUGAUACCAAAACCCAAAACUGUGCCUUAAUAAAAAGAAUUCUUAUUGUUGCUGAAAGUCAAUGAAGGGGAUUUAGACACCUAUGAAAUUCAUAGUCUAAAUAAAUUUUCUAAAAAUAAGAGGAUAUCUGCAAGUGAAUUUAUUGUCAGGUUUAAUUUUGAUCGCUGCAAUUAAAUGAAUAGCUUUGAUAUUUUUAUUAUCAUUACAUGCUUAGAUUUUGAAGGGUAAUAAUUAAUUUACAUGAUAUUUGAUUCGGAUUAUCAACUGAUUAACACCUUUAAAUUUGAUAUAAAGUAUGCAGAACAAAAGUCUAAAAUAAUGUCAAAAUCAGCUGGAAAAUACUUAUGCACAUUGAUAAACAAUGGUUAAGAAAAAGGCAAUGAAUACGUCUCAAAUUAUUCACAUCUUCUAAUUUUUUAGUUAGAGACAUAAAAUCUGGCUGAUUCAAAAACAACAAUAAAUGUUGUUUUAUUAAACUAAAUUCCAACUUCAACCGAUUUUAUCUCAAAUUUUGAUAUUGUAAAAGAAGGAUAUCGUAAAUAUUAUUUUUACUUUAGUUUUUAUUUCUUUUUUUAAUUUGGGAGUUUAAAUCCAUAAACUAAAUGAGUAAAAGUCGUAUUAAUUAGAUAUUUCAAUAAAAAAGAGAAUUCUGGGUAUAAGAGCUCAGAAAAUAUCAUAUGGUUUUCAUGAAUAUAAUAUUGUCUAUUGGGAUGAAUAGAAUUUAUCGAACUUUUUGUAUGAGCCAAUUUAGAAUAAAAUUGUAAAUAGUUAAAAUUAUUAAGGUUUCAUGGGAGAAAAAAAUAUAAACUAAUUAAAUAAAUUUAUCACUAAAUUUUGUUACUAGUGUCUUUAUUAAUGACAAGUAUAUAGUUGUAUCAAAUACUUAUGGUACAAGUAUUUACCCAACCAUGAUAAAUGAUGUUAAUGAAGGUAGGUUGUUGUACUAUUACCCAUCAAACUCAGCAAUAAGUUACUUCAUAAAUAUUAUCGACUAUUUGAUUUCUAUUGAGGAAGGAUCAUUAGUUUUAUACAUGAUUAAUGAUCCAUAAAUUAAAAUACAAAUUUCAGGACUCUCAAAAACUAUCUAGUCCUUUUAAAUUAGGGCAAUAGCUAAUUAAUUUGACAAACCUCGAGUUGAAUGUCCUGUUCUUAAUUUAUAUUUUGAGGUGUAAUAGCUAUUCAUCAGUAUAUCUUAACUUUAAACUUACUAUGAUUACCCUUCUUAAGUUUGGAAAACUACUUAUUUGAGUGGAGUUUAUUCUGAGGCUGGAUAGUCUAAACAAUUCAUUAAAAUUAAAAUCGAUGAAGAUAAAAAAUAGGUAAUUAAAUAGAGCUAACUUAUCAUAAAAGACAUAUUGGAAAUUCAACCCUAAAUCUCUUAAUAGGAUUAAGUAGAGAUUGAAUUUGAUAAACUUCAUACAGAGUAUACUACUCCUUGGAAGUCAUACUAGUGUAGUGAGGUGGUUUACAUGAAAUAAUAAUAGCUCUAUCAAUAUCAAACAGAAUUUAAAUUUAAAGAGAAAUUUUAUUUGAUAACCUAAUCAUAUUAUAAGUUAGAGUUGAAGGAAUGUGGUGUUAAUGAUCCCUAAAAUUGUGAACAUCUCCUUACUCAGAAUUUAGAAAUCUCAAAUAUAAUCGAAAUUUUUGGAUUUAACAUUCAUGAUGAUUAUGCUUAUUUAGCUAUUUCUUAGAUAUUAAUAUGGAAUUUUUAUGAAAAUAUAAACUUCUACCAAGUUAGGACUUCAAAUAUAUAAAUAUUUCGUUUUAAAUUGAAUGAGAAGAAUAAGACUGUUAAAAAAUAUAAAAUUUCCCAUAUGCUACAUCAAAUUAAGAAGAUUGAUAUUAUAGAUGAUAGAAUAUACAUGCUUUACAAAUUCAAGGAACAGUCUUAUAUUUUUAGUUCUAAAAUUACUGAAAUUAAUCCAACUUUGGAUAUCCUUCAAUUGAGUCACAAAGUUAACCCUAGUAUGGACUAUGCAUUUAAUAUAGAAUUUUAUGGAUACUUUUUCUAUUUUUUUACAAAUGAGGUAAUAACAUAAAAUGAUCAAGUGGUUAGCAUCAUUGAUUGUUUGAACGUAGUUAAUAUUGAGGAUGGAAAAUUUGAAAUAAUAAAUACAAUUAAAUAUCAUGAAAGUGGUACAUUUUCAAAAAACUUGUACUCUCUUACCAUUUCCUUAACAAAAAGUGGAGCUUAUAUUUGUCAAUAUGCCGAUGUUAAGACUACUUUUCUUACAAGAUCAAAAUUUUUAACUAUGGCUUUUACUUAAUACAAGGAUAAACAUUAUGAAAAAUUUAGAUCAGAAAACAUAGCUAUCCUUCUUUAGUAUGCAAGGUAAGAAAAUAACCCUAGAAUAAAAAGAAGUUCUAGUGAAAAAUACUUUUAUCAAGAAGUCGUAUAUCUUGAUCAAAAUGUUGAAAUAAUUGUUUACAAUAUGAGAUCUACAAAGCUAAAUCAUGUUCAUUAUCAAUUAAAAGGAACUUUUCUAGAUGUUUAGAGACAUUAUAUUUCUUCAUUGUCACAGGAUAUUUUUGCUGUUCACAUAAAUGUAGAUAAAUUUUAGAAGUUGAAUGGUUUAUCAAUUUAAUUUAUAAAACAUGAGCCCUUAAUUACAAUAACUUACAAAGGUGACAUUAAUAAAUAAUAAAUUUAACAAUAAUAAAACCCUCUCACAAUUCCAUUUACUUUACCUUCAGAAAAUUUAAGUUAUGAUGAAUAUCCUGUAUUUUAAUUAAUAAUAUACAAUGAGAAGAUAAAGUAAGAAAACAGUUAAUAAUAAAACAAUUAAUAAUAAUACAAUUAAUAAUAAAACAAUCAAUAAUAAUACAAUUAAUAAUAAUACAAUUCAUAGGUUUCGAUCGAUGAAAUUUUAUAAAGAGUGUUUGAUUAAAUAUUAUAAUAAUCUGAAGGAAUUUAUAUUGACACAAUUUGA